GGAACGCACGUGCGCCGGUUAUUAUGAUAUUUUACGAUGAUAACGUCGUGUUCACAAGUUACAACUGUCCAACAAUCAACAAUCUUGCAUUCUUGCUAGUUAAUACUAAAGUAUUAUAACUUCUAAGGCCGUCAAAAUGUUGCGAAACUCAAAACUAUAUAGUUGUUUCGAAAAGCUUAACGUUGAUUAUCCUGAAGGUGAAAUUGUGCAGAUCAAUGAUGAAUUCCGAAAAGCAGUUGAAGAGAUAUGUGAUGCAUUACUCCAUACAAAGAUUGGAUUUUCCAGUGUUACCCAAGAUUCACAAAUGAUGUAUAUUUUCAGAUAUUCAUCUUCAAUAAUAACACGUUUUCUAAAUGCUGAUAAUGAUGAACCUCUUGAUGUCUCAAAUUUUACUGUAUUUAUGAAAUUUAUUCGACUUAUUACAAAGCUUAAAACUUUGGUAAUAUCAGAAUUCAUUGAUAGCUGUUUUAUGAGAAAAGAUGACCUCGAUUCAGUUGUAUUUAACUAUAACAAAGAACAGAAUAUAUGCGAUACUUAUAAAUCAAAACUAAAAUACUUUGAAACCAACUCCGAUGAAUCAGAAAUAUACUUGGUAAAUGAGUAUUUUACAUAUUUUCUAUUUGAACAUAUCAGAAUGCUAUCAAAAUUAAAUAACAAAAAUGUACCUCUAGAAAAAAAUAUUAAGCUCUUAUUAGAAGUUGCUAAUGAUGAAAUGUUGGUUAAACAUUUCCAUGUUAUUUCAGAUAUUCUUCCCCAAACAACAAAAUUACUUAUUUUGAAAAAAAUUACAAAUUGUAUUGCCAAGCCUGAGUUUAAUUUACAAAGUUGUGAAUUUCUGAAGUCUAAAAAUAAAGAUUACAAGUUAGAAAUGUGUGCUGUAACCUUUUUUACGCUUCAGAACAUUUGUGAAGAAUUAGAAAAUCGAAAAAUUAAACAAUCAUCACAAAUUUUAUCCAAGUUUAAUGUUGAAAGUAUUAUUUCUUUAAUUGAUUCACCUUUUGAUGACCUUUUUGAAAAAACUUUUGAAGAAUCAGCAAAACGUAUUACAUUUUCUGAAUACCAAAACAUCAUAGAUUUUCCUUCAGAGAAAAUCAAAAAGUGUCUAAAAAUCUUAGAAUUAUUAUGUAUUUCGUUAAGAGGUCAUCAAAAACAAAUUCAUAACAGUCCGUUUUCAAUUGUACUUUUAUCCGUACUUUCUGAUUUUAUAAUGGCUACUAAUCUUGACAAUUCUACUAUUAUAAUGUUGAUUGAAAUUAUUAUUGGCUUUUUAGAAAUCAGUAGACUUCCUAUGCAUUUCCUUGCAGUAUCUUUUGCGUUUAAUAUUUAUCAAAAAUGUAAAUCUAAUGAAGAGCUGGGAUAUAAAUUGAUACAUUUAUUUAAAAGUAUUUCAAACAGUAUAAACAAACAAUAUGGAUUACAAAAACAAGGGAUAAUAAAGGAUUUGAAAAAAUGUAUAAAGGUUGACAAAAAUUGUGUAGAUAAAGCAAUUCUAAUAUCAUGUUUCUUGAGUGAUAUUCCUGAAACACAUUUGAUUACAAAUACAGUCUACAUUGAAUUUAAUUAUGCUCUAAAUGAAUUUGUAUUACUUUCUUCUUCCAACUACAUCUCAGAAAAGCAUCUUUUAGUUUAUCCUUACGCUGUAUCAUUGAAUUUUUCAAUAGUAAAUCAAAAUGAAGAUUGUUUAUUCAACAAUUUAUCUAUACUUGAAGACUACAUUACCAUUUUAUUCAACAAAGAUGUAAAAGUGCGUUUGGAAGAUAAAAAAUUUCUCUUAAAUACUAUUUGUAAACAUUAUGAAGUGGUUGAUCAUUGUUUACCAAAAAAGUUCUUAUUAAAAUGUUGGGAAUAUGUAUUAAACCCUAUUAACAUGGAUGAUAAUAUUUCUAAAGUAUUAUUAAAUUUAUGUUCUUCUAAUGAUUUAAUACAAUUCAUAAGUAUUUUGAAAAUUGAAACAAUAAAAAUCAUUGAAGGAAAUGAAUCAGUUAAAAAUCAAGAUUAUUAUGAAUAUAUUCAUAAACUGUGGUCAUUUUUACUAAACAUUUCAUUUUUCAAUCAAAAAAAAAAAAUUCGCAAGGAUCACAUAAAUCAUUUUUGUUUUGUUUUAAAUAGAACUUGCUUAUUUAACACAAAAAAAAUUCAAACAGAACAAGGUUUAAUUUUAUUAUUAAAAUUAGUUUGUUCAUUACUGCAAAUACCCUGGAUCAACAAAACUACAAUGAUGAAUUGUUCAUUGAGAAUAAUGACUUUUGUCGAAAAAAGUACAAGCAAAGCAGCUCAAUUACUUAUAGAAGCUUCUGAACUAAUGAUAGUUCUUUAUAAAUGUCCAAAUAAUUCUAUAAAACCAUAUUUAGGACUAUAUGUUACCACAUUUUCCAACUUUUUAAAAAAAUGUUUCUCAUCUGUUACAAUGGACAUGUCUACAGACUCAUCGUUGGAUAAAAAUUACUAUAUACCUUUCCACAAACUUGAAAAAUGUUCAAGAUUAUUCAAACAAAAUAAAAGCGAUUUUGAUGUUAUAUGUCGUUAUGUUAUAGAAGACAUAAUUGAAAUUGUUUCAAAAGAAGUUAUUUUUAUCGGCCCAAUUAUGAGACAUUAUUUUAAUAUCAUCUUCAAUUUUAUGGACAUCUGUUCAUUUGAUGAAAUGAAGAUGCUUAUGUUUAAUAUUCAAGGACCUGAUUUAAUUAUGUUAAGAAAUGCAUACACUGAGUACAGAGAAAAUGUUAGAUUUACUGGAAGACUUUAAUUGUGCAUGAAUAAAUUUUGAAAUUGUUAACUGUUAUUUUUUAUACUAUUGUGUCUGUAUCAUUAAAGUAUUAAGUAAAUACAAUUAUAUUUAUGUUCAACUCAUA